AUAACAUUUGCCACAUAUCGAGACUGAGAAGUAGAUCUGCGCAGAUCCUGAGAGCAUCCUGUUUCUGUUUGACAUGAUGGCGACGAGACUGCUUCUGUUUCUCUGUCUGACGGGACAUGUGUUUGCCAAAGAACCACCUGAUGUGGAGUGUUUAGUGAUGCAUCUGGAAUAUAUUCAUUGUUCCUGGAAUAAGGACCGGACUCCAGAGGUCAAUUACACCUUCUAUAGCUGGUUCCCCUACAAAACACCCGGAGAGUGCCCCAGCUAUCUUUCAGAGAACAGCAUAAACACUGGAUGCAAACAGCCUUAUUUACAAAUAGGUGAUAGGUUCUCCGACUUUACCACCAAACUGGUACAUGGAAACGACAGUUAUGAAAAGAAACAUGAACUCAAAGAGAGAGUCAAGUUCAAUCCUCCCUACAAAGUGACAGUCCAGUUUGGAUUGGACUCGAACCUGUGGCUCAACUGGACCCAGAUUUCUCAUUGUGUGGAGAGUCAAGUUCGCUACAGGAUCAACAGCAAGGCGUGGAUGACGUAUCCAGUGAGGGCUGGGAUUCAGAAUUACUGCAUCAACUUGCCCUCCAGUGCCUUGUAUGAGCUGCAGGUGCGGAGCAAAUUGGAGAACCACUGUGGAGGCAGUCAAAACUCUUUCUGGAGCGACUGGAGUGAGCCUGUGUUCUGGGGCUCCAAAAACAACAGCACAGACACUCCUCACAUGAACAGCUCGAUGUCUGUGUGGACUCCAGUGCUGUAUGGGUUGGGUGCUUUCAUCCUCAUCCUACUGGUCAUGAUGUUGCUACACCAUGAAAGAAUCAGAAUCAUCUUGAUCCCUGUGGUCCCCAAGCCAUCCUUACCUCCUAAUGUCGAGGAUUGGUUUCAGUUCCCCAAGGGCCUGAAAGAGAGUUUUAAGGACAAUGAGCGUCCCUGUCCUGUCCGUGAGUACUGUCAUGUCCCUGAGUCUGACAGCGAGAGCUCUGACUGCUCCACCUGCUCCGGCACCACCGACCAAACCGACUGCUCCGUCUCCAUCCCUGUGAACGAAUCUGACCUGCCUACUUCCUGUUCCUCUUCCACCUCCACAGUCUCACCUGAGGAGGAGAAGCAGGAUUCUGUUUAGGUGGCAUGUCAGUCAGGGUUGUGUUUCUUAAAACGUUAUAAUUCUGAUUGUAUUUUACUGACACAAAAUGGAAAUCAUGAUUUCCCUGAUGAACAGAGAUCAGUUUGAAGCCCAUAUAAUCAACUGGUCCAUUAAAGGUAUACAUGUUUAAGAAUACCAAAAACCUGAUGCAGUAGUUACAUAUAUAAAAAAAUAUUUCAAAUUCAGUCACUCAUUCUUUUAGUUUAUUUGAUCAAAAUUAAAAACUCUGAACCACUUAAUUGAUAAUAUUACUUUGCAGUAAGUGCAGUAAGUAACUCAGUGACAAAGUUUACUGUAUUACAACGUUUUCUCUUUCUCUAUCAGUGGUCUGUAUAUUCUGCCCCAGGAGAACAGAUUGAAGUUCCUAUCCCAUAUCAUAAAAAAGGAUAUUUAAACUUCCAUUUCCUCUCAUACCUUACAACGACUGAUUUAAGCAUGGCUGUCAGUUGAAAAACAAAAAAGUCCUUUACACCUAUUAGUUGUUCCUUAAACAAAUAUUUAACAGAAAUUAGUUCAUCAUGUCAUCAAUCCAAAACCCCAGCUUAAAAUGACAUAAUCAAAUCAAAUCAAGUUUUAUUUAUAUAGCACAUUUAUAAACGAUUUUUGGUCAAGCCAAUGUGCUGUACAUAUAAUAAAAAUAGCCUACAGUAGAGACACUUUACAGCUAAUACAACAGCACAGAUUGUUCAGAAUAUCAGUAUGAGAAAAAACGACACCCUCUAUCCUUAGACCCUCACAUCGUACAAGGAAAAACUUCCGGAAAAACCCCACAGUUUAAAGGGAAAAAAUGGGAGAAACCUCAGGGAGAGCAACAGAGGAGGGAUCCCUCUCCCAGGACGGACAGACGUGCAAUAGGUAGUCCAAAUGUUAGGAAAUGCAUGUCUCUAAUAAGAAGAUGAAUCUACAAAGAUGUCAACUACAAUCCUGUGGGAGCCUUCAGGGAGGCAGCAUGACGAGACCCAGGCAGGACCGCAGAGACAGGUUUAGUCACGACCCGAAGUAUGAUGAAUGUAACCUCAAUGAAGCAGAAGGAAAGGCCCCAAUACAAUUACUGAAUGAGAUUGUAUAUCAGUAUCGUCAUCAGGGCACUUACAUUGUGAUAAAAAAGCGUAAUCACUGGCUUCUUUAUUUUUGCUUCUGUCAGAUAUUAUAUCUUAAGUUUUAAUCGUUCGCCUUAAUCAAGUUAAGCAAAAUGUCUUUGAUUAGUAUUGAUAUGUGUAGAUUUUUCUUACAUUUACCUUUUGUAUGUACAUAUAGUGUUGCGUAAAUAUGAGUAAUAAUAAGUCCUAAAUUGCUUGAAUCAUCAUGUAAUCCAAACUUCAAUUAAUUUAGAUAUGUAUGUCCCUUUUUGGUACACACAGCCAUAAAAAUACAUUUGGAGCAAAGGUCGGUUUAAAAUAAAAUGAAUACGUGGACCAAUUAUUGUACUUAAGUACAAGAGUGUUGAUUGUCACUCCACAAAUCAAAAUCUGCAAAGUAACUAAAAUAAUUAAAUACAUGUAAUGGAGUGGAAGUACACUUUUUACCUGUGAAUUGUAGUGGGGUAGAAGUACAAAGUAACAAGUAAAGGAAAUGCUUACGUAAAGUAGCCUACUAGUCCCUCAUAAUUGUACAAAUACAGUAAAUCUACUCAUUGACUUUACACCACUCCACAUGGUGAUUGGUGCAUACAUGAUACCCAAAAUCAGGGUGGGGAUGCCCUUUUUCAAGCUAAUGGGGCCUCACAGCCCCUUAAAAUAUGUGUCUUGUAUUAUCAUGUGUGUUAUACUUAUAUUCCUCAAAUGUUUCCAAUCUUAAUAGCUCUUUGAUUGGACUUUUUCAAUGUGGUUUGACGUAACCUGAUUGUAUUUGAGUCCUUUCUGUCAUAACCUGAUUUAAUAAUUAAUAAAUAUAAAUGCCUUA